GUUGAUUCUCUAGUUACUGCCCAGUUAUGUUUGUUUUUACGGUGACUCUCUUUGUAUCCCCUUCGCCACAGUUCUGUGCUUUACGCCUCGUGUGCGAAGACAUCGGAAGUUCAGCAAAUAAAUAUGGUGCAAAGGCCUUGGUUAGGGAGAUUGGUCAAACGAGUUCCGUCAUUCUUUUUGUGGAAAGGCGACAACAAUGCUUUUGGUGAGGGUGGCCCUUGUGGGAUCCCAAGGCCAAGUCUACGUGGCCAAGAUGCCCGUCACACGCGACGUCCUUCGAAGCUUCGGCCGUUCCGCCAGGACAACCCUGCUGGCUGACACCGCAACUUCUGCAGCAGUGAGGGCGAAGGUCGAGGACUUCAGGGCCGGCGAGAAGUGGGCAAAGAACUUCGUGAAGCGCAACAACAUCCACAGCGUGCGACUUCAUGGCGAGGCUGGUAGCGUCAACAUGGCGGCUAUCAAGGAGGGCAUGGACGAAGUCAGGGCCCUUUGCGCGAAGUACCCGGCUAGGUUCAUCUUCAACGUCGACGAGACAGGCCUCCAGUGGAAGCUCCUGCCCAGGCGCACGUACCUUUCCACCUCGGAGGAUCGGAAGACGGCGCGGGGUUCAAAGAGCAUGUACUUCAAGGACCGACUGUCUGCCUUCAUGUGCUGCAACGCCGACGGCACUGCGAAGGUUGACAUGGCCAUCAUCGGGAGGGCAAAGGAACCCCGCUGCUUCAAGAGCGCGCCUUCACCUCUCAAGUACUACUCGCAAACCAACGCGUGGUCCGACUCUGCGACGUUCCUCAAGUGGUGGCUUCAAGUCUUCCUCCCGUUCGUUCGGCGCUUCACUCACGAACCUGUGCUGCUGCUGAUGGACGGCUGUGCCUCUCACGGUGAUCUCGUGGAUGACCGGGGGCAAGUGACCGUCAAGUUCUACCCUCCGAAGUGCACCUCCGUACACCAGCCCAUGGAUCUGGGGAUCAUUGCCAAGACGAAAGUGGUCUUCAGGAAGGAGUUGCUCGACGUGAAGACAUCAACUAUGUUGGUGGCUGACACACUUCGCGCCCAGGCGAAAGCCCGCAAGAUGAAGGCCGGGACAAUGGGGCUGGCGCAAGGGCACCAACCUCAUCUGCGGGACGCCGCAGAACUUCUCAAGAAAGCAUGGGCCAGCAUCACCGCCCAGGAUAUCGCCAGGUGCUUUGUCAAGGCCGACACGCUUCCGUCAGAGAUGGCGGCUGAGCUCACCACACAACACGGAAAGACCCGGUUCAGCAUCGCCGAGCCUGACCUGAAGGCUCUCACGGAGACCGUCAACAAGUUGAGCACGAGCGUCGGCGAAGCGCAAAAGCAAGGAGCCGGCAUCGUAGACGAGGAAAUCAGCGAGCUCUUCGCAGAACUCGACAUCGAACCCGGAAAGCCGGUCGAGGAAGAAGCGGUGAGCGCGAUUCGGGGGUGGGCUACCAUCGAGGACGACGAGGAGGUGACGGAGGCUCUUCGACUGGACGCAGCGGACGAAAUGGCGGAACUGCUGGCUGGAAUGCAAGUGACUACCGGCGGUGAUGAGGAGGACGAAGUGGAGGGCAGUGACGAUGACAACUCGGGGCCCGAGCGCCGUGCUCCACCCGAUUAUACUGAGCUGUCGCCUCACUUCAGCGUCCUGGAAGCGGCAGCAGAUGAGAGUGGCAACGCAGACGCGGCGUUCUUCCUAACGAAAGCGAAGAUGGCGAUGAUUGCAGCGCAUUCCGCUAGGCGGGUGCGCCAGGCAGACAUGAGAGAGUUUGUUGCUGGUACAGAGUAA